AUGGAUGAUAGUGCUGUAUAUGAAACUCUAACACAGUGCUACCUCCUUCUCAGAUCAAAAUGCCCUACUGAUGAACAAAUUCAAAAGGCAACGAAAUGGCUUGAUUCGUUCUACAAACAAGCAAUCGCAAUUCAGCACCUGAUAAAUUUUUACAAACAGUCUUCUGAUCCGACAGACAGACAACAUGCAAUAAUUGGUCUCAACAAAUGUGUAGGUCUUGCAUGGGAAAGUGUUGCAGUUGAAUCUCGUGCUGAAGUUUUUCAAAUAUUGCUAUCAAUGAUUACCACAGAACCAGAGUGGACUAUCAGAAGAAACAUCAUAGACAUUCUUUCUAAAGCAAUUUCACCAGAUUACUGUUCAAUAAUUAUGGAUUUCAUCAAGUUCUGUAUCAGCAAAGAGAAUACCGCAUAUUUAGAAAUCGCGUUACUUUUAUCUGCACUAUUCCCUCAAGGUUUCAUUGAAUCGAUAAACGAUCAAAGCGUUACGAAUUUUUUUUACGAAAUGGUUGAAGUUGCAUUCCAAUCACAGCAACCAGAAGUAUUGAUAGCUGCUGUACAGUUCCUUCUUGAGAACAAUGUCAUUGAUUGCUCAGCAGAAACAAAUUCUUCAUUUUGGGAAGCCUGUGUCAACUGUUUCGAUUUAGUUAUCGGAAACAAUUUACUAUUUUCAAGACUAGUUACUUUAUACGCAUCGGCACUAGGCCAUUCUCCAGUCGUUGGAAAUCCAAUUCCAUUAUUAGAAAAAUGCAUUGACCAAUUCACAAAAAGCAAAGAAGAUUCGAAACUAGUACUCCAACUUAACCUCAUUAUACAAGCAAUUUGCCAUAACUAUGCUCAAAUUGUCAUCGAAUCUGAAAAUGCGGCUCCAAUCAUCGAAAUGUACAUGACAUACAUUAUGGAGAUCUUCGAACCCGAUGACCAAUUCAUAUUGAGCAACGCUCCACUCCUUGAGCAAAUUUUUACAGAUCUUUGUACAGCGGACACUAUUCAGCCAAUGUGGGAUAUGUGCAUGCAGGUGUCUUCUGAGCCGGCAGGGCUAUUCGCAUUCUCAAGAAUGAUGUCUGCAACGUAUACAGUAGCUAUUGAUUUUUAUUCCCAAAAACUAGAAGAAGUUAUAUCGAUUUUGAGGGCAGGAAUAUUAUCAGACUCCAACUUACUUAGAGAUUCAUGCGCAAGAAGCGCUGAUGACUUUGUAUCUACAUUUGUAUUUGAAUCUGACGAACUUUCCUUCGCUUUCAUCAAUGAUGUAGCAAACACCUGCCAAGAGAACAUCUCCGGUGAACUUCUGACUGUUCUUGCUUCUCUUUUGGACGCUACAAAGAAAACUGACCGAGUUUUCGACGUAUUUUUCCCUUUUUUGGUCUCUGUUGUACAGGAAUGUGACGUGGAGACACAAUCGGCCGCUUUACAGUCAAUUUCGAACCUCGCAAAGUGGUCGUCCCUCAAAAUUUUCGUUUAUUACCCGCAACUACUCAAUAUAUUGUUUGAUAUCAUCAACAGUGCAUCGGAUGCCCUCGAACACUUGAAAGGACCUGCUGUUGCGACAAUAGCAAUCGUUGCUGUCGCAAUUGGUCCAACAUUUGACGAAUAUGUACCGACAACGUUCACUUUUCUUAUCGAAAACCUCAAUAACGAAGAACUCUCAGCAUCAUGCAUCACAGCUCUUGAGAAAAUCAUAACAAUGUAUAUUGAAUUACCUGAUGGCUCAACGAAAUCGAUCGAACCGUACAUAUCGAGAUUAUUACCUUUUGUUCUUGAGAAUGCUGAGCUUGAUUACUCACCAUUCUACAAAGAAGAAAAUAAUGAUGAAGGAUACGAGUUACCUCCACAGUUUGAAAAAAGCGCUUCAAGUCUUAAGCUUUUAUCAGAUAUCAUUGUCAUAUCCAAUGACUAUUUCGACCAAUUCCAUGAAGAAUUGAUCAAAUGUUGCCAAUUACAAUCAACUUCUAUCGCUCCUUCAUGCCGUAUAGCCGCAGCUGCGUCGCUGGUCAACCUGGCAAGGAAGACUCCUGUAAAUACCGAUACUGAGAAGGAGAUUGCCCAAAAUAUUGGAGAAAUUAUUGUAAAAUUGGCAAGUGAAUGCGAUGCAAACGUUUGCUACCAGUCAUUCCUGAGUGCGGAACAGAUCAUAACGUAUAUAGACUACACGGGAUUGAUCGAGCAUAUAGAGAAACUUAUAGAUGUAGUUUGCCAAAUGAUAAACGACCCGCAGACUCAAUUAAAGAGGCCAACCGAACGCGGAAGAGACUUGUUUAACGCUGCCUGCGAUUUCCUGAUGAUGCUGAGCUACGCAGCCGGAGAAAGAAUGUUGGAACUUAUCGCCCCAUUAAUUCCUUCCCUUGUCACUUUUUCGACAUCAAAUGUAAUUCGAUUUCGGUCGAUUGCUUUGAGUAUUCUAUCGAGUUUAUUGAAUUAUUCGAGUUGCAAAGUCGAAGAUGACUUAAAAAACAAAGCUCUCGAAGCAUCAUUAACAACAGUGGAAGGAGACCAAACAGAUGAUGGAUCUGCAUUCCUUUGUCUUCGAGCUCUAGCAACAGUUGAUAGAGACCUCGUUCGUCCUUAUUCCGAAAAAUUAAUCCAAAUAUUCUUGAAUCACUUGGACCCGAACAAAGUAAAUUUGGUCGAAAGGUCCAUAUUGAUGAGAGACAGAUGCGUUACAUGCCUUGGAAAGUUCGUAAUGGACAUAAUGUCACCUGAUGAAUACGAUUUGAGUCAAGUAAUUCCUUUGGCUCUUUCUGCAAUGCCGAUACAGUUAGAUUUUGAACUGGAAAGCGAUUGCUUCUCCUUCUUCUUGUGGCUCUUCCAAAGAGCGGAAGGAAAUUUCAAUGACUUGUUUUUGAGAGUUUUGGCGGUUGAAUUUUCACAUCACCCGUCAAUAAUUGAACUUCACAAGCUUGGUAAAUCUGAAAUAAGAGAAUUGUUGUCUUUGGCAAUGGAAAUAAUAGAAAACACUCCUGAUUCAGAUAAAUUAGUCAUUGCAGCUGUUGAAGGUGAUGAAACAAGAAUUGACUUCUUCAGAGCGAACUUGCAAUCAGUUCAGUUAGCAAUGGAAGAAGAAAUGGCUGAAGCUGAAGAGGAACCAAAUGAAUGA